GGGAAGUCGCAAGAUGGCCGACGUCGCAUGAAAGUAUCUUCCUCUCCUCAACAUGAAGUCGUGAGUGAGACAGAGAGCGAGGGCGACAACGUCGGGGUUUUGUUUUUGUUUUAUUUUAGUUGUUUUACUUUAUUUUCCCUUAGAUAUUCAUCUCAUUCCGAAUCGCGUCUGCCCCCGAUUUGUCUCGACUAGUUGACGCGUCAAUCACGCCGGGAUCUUGGCUAACUGGCGAAGUGCGCGAGCUAGUUUGUUAGCCUUAAACUGUAGCUCUUAUAACGGUUAUCCAGUGCAGGAGAAACAUACUGUAUUCACUAACAAUUAGAGUUAGUUUUAAUCACCCAGCGAGCAUGUUGGUUUGUUACUGUAUAGUCGGUGUUUAAUUUGCAUCUAGAUGGGUAGUAAAUAGGAUUAUAUUUCGAUGUUUCCAACAUUGUCGACAUAACUGUAGAGUGCGCGCCGUUAUCCUCCAUCGUUACAUUGUAGACCGUGGUCAUGUUUUUUCAUGGUGCAACACUGGAAUGAAUCAAAACAAAUAGUAGGUUGUUCGGAUAAUAAUACUAGUGUACCACUGGAACACAGUGAGGAAUGGACACACGACCAAAUGUAAAAAAAUAACCACAUGUAUUUGUAAUAUUACAAGGGGGUUGGUUGACAGUUGCAUUUGUCUGUUAAUUUACCAGACGCAACAAAUUGUAGACAUUUCAUGUUAUUAGUUAUUGAACUGUAACAGGCCAGAUCUUCUUCACGGACUCUGAUUGAAGGUAUAACCUAGAAAUCAACUUCUAAAUAAGGUUCACACUUCUCACGCUUUUAGACAGCUGUAAAGACAGGUCAAAACAUGGGGGUUCAAGGGUUUCAAGAGUAUUUGGAGAAACGCUGCCCCGGGGCGGCCGUUCCAGUAGACCUUCUCAAGCUCGCGCGAACAGUAGGCCGUCAGCCCCCACAUCACCACCACCACUAUCCCCAUCAUCCAAGCUCGCUGCCUCCGCCUCCUCCGCCAGCUCGCAUUCUCGUUGACGCAGACUCUGGCCUUCAGCGGCUCUACGGGGGCUACCAGACCGACUGGGUGUGUGGAGGCGAGUGGAACGCUAUGCUCGGCUAUUUGGCGGCUCUCUCCCAGGCCUGUUUGUAUCAGGGCGGACUGGAGCUGGUGGUGGUUUUUAACGGCACACUUGGGAAGGAUCGCUGGCCGGAGUGGGCGCGCCGGGCACAGGGGCAGCGGCAGACAGCACAGCUCAUCGUCAACCACGUCGGCAGCAAGGCCACGCCCCCUCCGCGAGCCUGGUUCCUGCCCCCGGCCUGCCUGAGCCACUGUGUCCGCCUCGCCAUGUUCCGAUUCCGCGUGCGGGUGGUGCAGACCCUUGAGGACCAUCAUCAAGAGGUGCUAUCCUUGUACAGAGACUGUGGCUUUCAGGGUCUGAUUGCACAGGACUCAGAGUUUGCGCUAUGCAAUGUCCCAGCCUAUUUCAGCUCCCAUGCCCUCAAGCUCUCCUGGAAUGGCAAGAAUCUGACCACUCACCAGUACCUGCUCUCAGAGGCUGCUCGCCAGCUCGGCCUCAAGACCCAGCACCUACCCAUCUUUGCUACUCUUCUUGGUAACCACAUUCUUCCAGAUGAAGACUUGGCUGCCUUUCAUUGGAGUCUGUUAGGCCCAGAACACCCACUUGCUUCCCUCAAGGUAAGGGCACAUCAGUUAGUCCUCCCUCCCUGUGAGGUUGUUAUCAAGGCUGUAUCAGAGUAUGUGGCAUCAAUCAAAGAUCUUGGAAAUUUGGAUUUGGUGGCCAAGGAUGUUUUCAAGCAGUCACAGUCUCUAACUGAAGAUAAAUUUGAGAGGUUCAAGAAGGCAGUGGAGUAUUUUUCAGCAGCCAGUAAACCAAGACCUCUCUCCAUGGGACCUUCUCCUUACCUCUUUCCAGGGUUUGGACCUGGUCAGUUCAGCGGAUCUCCAUGCCACAUGGGGGCAAUGCAGCCUGGUAAAGCUCAGUUUGGUCCACCCCAGGUGUCAGGUGUUAAGGUGCCUUAUCCCGGUGGGCUCUAUGGACCCAGCCCUGCCACUGGUCCUGCUCUUUUAUGCCAGAACCCCACUCAGCCUCUGCAGGACUGUAACGAUUCACUAGUUGGAAAAAUGGGCUUUGCUGAUUGGUCUGCUCCAUAUGAUUCCUCUCAAGGUGGCAGCCGACAGCCCAAUCAUCACACAGCUGCUCCCACAGGCCCUUCCCCCUCAUCAUCGUCGUCUUCAGAUGGGGAGGAGCAAAAUGACACCAGCACUAAUCAUUUGGCUGACAAAUCUUCAAGAUGGGAAGAUCCCGGUGGACGGGGAGGGGGUGCCUCUGGGGACGGCCACCAUGGUAAUGGAAGUGGGCCGGCCAUCCCAUCACUGCUGUCCAUGCCAACACGUAGUCACAUGGACAUCACAACUCCACCCCUUCCACAGGUCAGUGCUGAGGUGCUGAGAGUGGCAGAGCACAGACACAAGAGAGGACUCAUGUAUCCACAGAUCUACCACAUCCUGACCAAGGGGGAGAUGAAGAUGCCAGUGUGUAUAGAGGACGAGUGCAACCCCGACCUGCCUCCUGCUUCUCUACUUUUCCGUUCUGCCCGCCAGUAUGCCUACGGAGUGCUGUUCAGUUUGGCUGAGACCCAGCGAAGACUGGAGAGAUUGGCUAUGCGCAAGCGCAGUCCUGUUGACGUGCCCCCGGUCAUUGUAAAGGAGUGGUGUGCCAGUAAAGCUAAAUCUGCCCUGACCCCUGAGCUUGUUCCAGCUUUGUGUUUUCGCGAGUGGACGUGUCCCAACCUGAGGCGUUUGUGGCUGGGUAGAGCUUCCGAGGACCGCAGCCGCCGCACUCGAGCCUUUCUGGCCUGCAUGCGUUCUGACUGCCCUGCCCUGCUCAACCCUGCCUGUGUGCCAUCUCACCUGCUGCUCAUGUGCUGCAUACUCAGGUAUAUGAUGCAGUGGCCGGGAGGCCGCAUUCUUCAGCGCCAUGAGCUUGAUGCCUUUUUGGCUCAAGCUGUGUCCAACCAGCUCUAUGAGCCUGACCAACUGCAGGAACUCAAGGUGGAGAAGGUGGAUAACCGUGGAGUGCAGCUGGCCUCUCUCUUCAUGAGUGGAGUGGAUACUGCCCUGUUUGUGAAUGAUGUAUGUGGACAGCCCCUGCCAUGGGACCACUGCUGCCCUUGGGGCUUUUUUGAUGGGAAGUUGUUCCAGAUCAAACUAGCUAAAGCCACCAGAGACAGAGCAUCUUUACUUGACAUGUGUGAAGGCCAGGAGGAGCUGGUUUCUAGAGUGGAGAAGAUGCGCCAGGCCAUUCUAGAAGGCAUCAACCUCUCCCGACCUCCUCCCCCACCGCCACCACUGCCACCCCCUGCAUACCUCCCCCCUACCAUGGUGCCCCCUUUCUACCCCAUGCACCCUAUGUACCCUCCUCGUCCACUGGGCUCCAUGCCACCUCAUCCUCACCAGCACCGGCCCAGGGCCUUCCCAGGAAUCCAGUCUAUACCUCCCCAGGGUGGCAAGCUGGAAAUAGCAGGCAUGGUAGUUGGUCAGUGGGCUGGGAACAAACCAGUUCGAGGCAGAGGGGGUUUCAACAUGCAGGUGGUGUCAGUAGGAGGGAAAGGAAGGGGUAAAGAAGUGAUUUUGAAAGGAAGGGGAGGGAAGAAAGUGACCACCAAUAGAACACAGACUCUGUCCACAUCACCUCCCUCCACCAGCCCCCCAAAGCUCACUGAAGAUCCUAAAGUAGUGGGGCGGCCCGCUGGACCCACAGAGGGAACAGUGACUGUGUCGCAGCAGUUGAAUGGCAGCUCUUCAGGUCUGGUCACUGGUCAAGCCCUUGACCUGCCACCACUGGCCCAGCCAAUCCAGUGUGCCUUAGCCAGCAGAGACAACCAGUCAGGAGAUGGGGUGGAGGUAGAGGCCACUUGUUGCCUUGACGACUGCCCAUCAGAUGGUGCACUACAGAAAGAGGAGUAAUUACAUCCCAUAAUGUAAUAAGAAUGAGAGAGUGAGAGGGAAUGAUCUAAGUUCGACUGCCUUUUCCUUGCAAAAUGUAAUAUUUAGGGCACAGUAGCCACUUUGUGUUGUCAUGAUAUAAUUUAUGAUGCUACACAUGGACAGGGACAGGAAUGCGGUCUAUAUAUCACCUUAAUAGCCGGUUCUGGUUUAAAACUGAGCAAGUUUAAAUCACAACCUUCGAUUUCACAUCGCCCUGAAUCUUCAGAUUCUGGACCUCAUCCUUUCCACUGGCCCAUCAGUGUUGUAGCAUUGUUAAUAGCUUUCAAGUCAUUUUAUUUUGAGACCUUUUUGUCAGUGGUGAACUUAUAUGUAUGAUUGCCUAAAAUGGCUACAAAAGGCCCUUAUUGCCCAAAGCGUAUUUUAAAAUUUAGCUGUUUAAAACACUUGCAUCGUGUCAAGUAGCACAGCAACAUCUUACUCUAAAGUUUCCGCCACACAGCAUAGAAAUGCACUACUUUAACUGUUGCUGUUUAUGCAGUGCACCAUUGUGGAGGAUUCAAAGACAACACUGCCCUAAAUACAGUAGAUGAGUGGAAACUGAUGGAAAACACGGGUUGUAUUUGUAUGUCAUAGUGUGCAUUAACACACAUGGUAGUCCCUUCUUUUUUGGCCAUUAUCGUAGGGUGAAGUGCAUGUGGAGAAGUUGCCAUUGUGUUCAGGCUCAGAAAGAGUUUAAAGAGAAGUGCUGAGAGGCGUGUAUGAGUGAGGAUGAACGGGAGGAAUUAAAGAGUCCAAGAGAGUCGUUCAGAUUGCACUCUACAUCGCAUAGCUUGCUCCACUUUGUUGCUUUUUCUCACACGUAGACUUGUGACAAUCUUGUCAGCUUCUUUUGAGCCCACGCCCCCUUUAGGAUGAGCAGAUAGCAGUACAACUCAAACCUACAGCUACUGAAAUAGUUAUAAAUGUAAUUUUUAAAGCACCUUAUGUCCCAGGUUAUAUCGAUAUGCAAGCCCCUCAGGAAGAAAUGCCCUUGAAAAUUGAUUUUAUUCUAACAUAAUGCACUUGUUUAUAAGAAUAAGAUACCCAUAAUUUGGUUAAUUUCCUACUAAUGAGCUGGUUGAUAGCCCAGAAGACCUUCAUUCCUAGACAGUUAAACUGUCUAUGUAAGCUUUUACCUUGCGUGUUGUUUACCAGUAUGGCGUACAAAUUAGCACCAACCCGUUUGAAUGUGAGAACGGAGUGCGUAGUAAUCUGCACUUUGUUUUAAAACUAAUGAAACACACUGGGUUUGUCCUCGUACCAGGAUAAAGAAACAUUGAGGCCUCUGCCAGAGUCAGAGAGAAUAUAAAACGGUGUGUUCAGAUGGAACCCUGAUACUGUUUGACAUCCCAGAUGUUUGUAUAUACACCCAAAUGUACAUGAUGUUAGGGGAAUGAUUUUAUCAGUGGUCGAGAAUGCACACAGUCCUUAGACAAACUUAAACACCUCUCAGCUUCACAACGAUUUUAAACGUUUAAUUUUGUUUUUAUUUUUAGCAGUUCAGCUUUUCCCACACACUGGUCGUUCACAUCUCCUCUGUGCCUUGUGCACGUAUACCAUGUGGAUGGUGUUUUGUGCAUGUGCAUUCUCCCACCAUAGCUAAAAUCAUUAAAAUUUUGUAGCACUCAAAAUAAUUCAAAGUAAUUAUUGAACGAAACUUAGGAUCACUUUACAUUGUGACAAAACAUCUGUGCUUCUCCAGACCGUUUUUGACAAUAAUCUGUCUGUCUUGUCUUGUUUUUGUGACAGUCCUAUGAACUCAUGCACUUCUUUUUCAGAGAGCACUUCUAUUUAGGCAAAUGGGCUUUAUAAAAUUGAAACAAUCUAAAGAUUAAAGCCCCAUUUGCCAUUAUAUUGACGGUUUCACAUCAGAUGGCUAGGAUAUAAUUUUACUUAAGUGUUAAUGUUUUAAAUCCAUUUUAAAAACAUUUAAAUACAUGUUUUGAACUGAUGAUUCAUUGGUUGUAAUGAAUGAGAAUUUAAAUUUAAAUGUAAGAAUAACUUAUACACUUGAGAGCCUAUUUCAUUUAAUCAUCAUAGUUUAAAAUCUGUACAAUUGACAAUGUCAAAAUGACAUCAGCUUUCUAUGAAGUCAUAAGAUGCACCUUAUUUUAUUAAGAUAAGAAGUUGAUAAAUAUUAUAUUUAGGGCCACUAAAAGUAUAUCAAGUAAGACUUUGAAAGACACCCAUUAUAGUGAAGUCUGUAUGUAUAUUCUGCAAAUGGUCACUCUUGAGGAGUCCAGACAGUUAGCCAUCAACAUGCAAACAAAUGGCAUUCAAAGGCCUUCAGAAAUCUCACAGUGACCCGAAGCAUGCAUUUUGAAUGUGUUUACUACAGAUAAGUAGUGACACAUAAUGAAUUUAAAAUUCAUGAUAUUUCCCAAAGGACAGUGAGAUAUCAGAAUUACUGGAUAUACUGGACAGACUUUUAACAAAGAAUAAAUAAGUAAUCUUGACAGUACCAUGACAGGUAGUAUUCUUGAACUAAUAAGGUACACUGUCAUGCAUGCUAGAGCAUUUUAAAACUCAACCUUAGGUUGUCACAUUUUAUUAUGAGUCAAGUACAGUAGUGCUAGUUUUCAAGAGGAUCUCCAGCAUGUUAUAGUGCAUACAGAGACGUACCAUUUAAUGUACACACAACGCUGAAAUUUCAGUUGCCGCUGAAAACUAUAGAUCCUUUUAAAAACAUUAAAUUUUGUUUCCAUCUGUGAUAAAAGCAGUUUCAGUUAGUUUUUAUUUUCAGUGUGUUGUCAUAAAAUAUCAGUAACUCAUUCACAUUUAGUACAAGUGUAGUUUAAGAAUGGAACAGCAUAAACCGAAAUAUACAGACAUACCAAAUAAAGAUAAUCGAUAAUCUCUCACACUCACAAUACCUUUGAAAUACCUGUAGAGAUCAGGGCUGCAUAUCCCAAAAGCAUCGCAAGCUUAAGUUAAUCAUAGAGACUAUUGGUGCUUAAGUUGAUCGUAGAGACCAUUGGCGCCAACGGUCAUUUUAAGCUUGCAAUUCUUUUGGGAAACACAGCCCAGGUCAGUUAGUAUGAGGGAGAAAAUAAUAGUAAAACGUCUGCAUACUCCAACUAUGUAUCGUCCAGAGUGUUGUUAAUUUCUCAUAUAAUUAUUUGAAGACUUAACUAGCAAUUUCAGACGCUUGGUUCCAAAGUUACCCUCUCCAAAGCUUCUUUGCUUUGCUCUGUUCUAGAUCGCUGCUUAAACUCUCAUACUUUCAUCAUUUAUGGAGACGUGUGAGGGUGAAAUAUAGACUCAAAUCAGAUAUAUAAAUAUAUAUAUAUAUAUAUAUACUCAAGAAUGAUAUUUUAAUUAUAUCAGAGGGAUGCACUGGAGAUUGGUUGGUCUAGCCAUUGUCUUAUAAUGGCACCAUUUUGCUCCAGAUGUUGGCCCAAGUCUUGAUAAAACCAACCUGAUAACAUACACCCCCCCCUUUUGUUUCACAUGGGCCACAGACAUUCAUUAUCACAAAAGGUUCAAAUGUGCAAGCAUUUGUCUUUUCUAUAUCCAUAGUUUGCCCGGAUGGCGACGUCUCCCUCUUCUUAACUCUUCUGUUUUUCUUGCCUUUGUUAACCAUGCAACGACUCUCUGUACCUCUUCAUACUAACAGUGAGAGAAUUUAACUUUUAUAAUUAGUCUAAUAAUCUGUCUGUAAAGUAAUCUUAGACAAAAGUUGGUAACAUUUUCAACAGUGAACAAAGAAACCUAACCUUACCAUCUUUAGUUUCAAUCAGUUGUGAAAUUGUGUUUUUUCGUACUUUUUUAAUGUUAUUACAACUACUACUCCUUUGACCGUUGCUACAUUUAGUAUUAAAAUUUGCUUAGCGGAGCUAGAUAUUUUUUAACUGUAAUGAUUGCAAUUUUCCUCACCUCUAUUUUGUAUGGUAUUGUUUAUACCACUUCACCAUUAUGAUGUAAUUGCCGCUUACAAAAAUAACCCUUUAGGGGUUUUUUUUAAUUAUUGAUCUGGCUAUUUAAAAUUCAAAAGCUGAGUAAGUCUUGUUACACAAAACAGACUAAUUUUCUUUGGAUUAAUUUUCAACCAAAAUAAAAUACUGUAAAAUAUUAUAUACAGUUACAUGUUUUCAGCAAUUAAGAUAUAAGAAUACUUAAAGGGUUGAUAAUCAGAUACUAAAAUGAAGAAAAUGUGUUGUUUACAUCUUUUUGGUGAACAGUGGCUAAAUCUUGUAUCGUCCAGUUUCAUAGCUACAAUGAAGAUAUUUUUUUCCUCAAGUGGAGCCUUGGACACAGCUCUUGAUACAGAUUAACCCUAGAACACUUCAUCAGCACUCAUGCACAUGUAUUGUCCCUUUGAAAAAUGUAGCUUCAGUGUCAUGGAUAGGUUAAGUGUUAACAUACUGUAACCAUGCACACAUACAAAAACGCUAUUUUGGUAAAGAGUUUUACCUGUGCAUUCCUGUAGUUUUGUGUUGGGACCUCAGACCUGACUCUUGCUUUAAACCUGUUACCCCUGUAUCCUGGCUCUGUAGCCCUUCACUCCACAGGACCACAUGUAUUCUCUUUACUGGUGUUGCCAGGUUUCAAUCCUUGUCUGAUAACAGCAAUGUGUUGUGUACAGUAGCCCACUGAUGUCCUACACUUUCUGGAAGAACCCUUUAUAUAUUGUUACCAUUGCUUUAUAGCAUGUGGCCCCCCAUAGCACCAAGACUGUCAAGUCUAGACCCAUCCAUUUGUAGGCAACACAUUCUGUCGUCUGUUCUUGGAAAACUGAUUCAUUCAUCAACAACACAAAUGCAUUGAUGCAUGCAUCAAGAUCUCCAAAAGCUCCAAACAACUUGUGAAGUGAAGGGUAAAGUUCAUUAUUAUUAUUGCUGUUAUGGUUAUGAUCGUUAUUAACAAUUUCUCAGUUUUAGUAUAAAGCACCUGAUUGUUUUGAAAAGAAUUUUUUUUCUUUUUAAUUUGU